GGUGGAUAUCAGUUCUAAUGAUCUUAACAACUACUCAAGGCUACAAGUAAUUUCCUUUCAUGAGCUCAGUUUCCUAAGAGACAGAAGUCUGAUCAAAAACUUCUUUAGUUAUCAUCGGUACGCAUAUGUGUUUACUUCCGGGGGAUUUCCCAGAUAAAGUGCUAACUCUUAUAACACAGACACUACUAUAAGCUCGUGACAACCACAAGUAGCUCUCAUUUGAUUAGUGUGCAGUAGCCCUGUGUGGAAUAUAUUAGUUAUACUGAAAGAUUUCUUUGGUCAAUAUGAAAUGCAAAUUUUCGUUCCUUCUUCUAUUAACACUCUGUGUUCUACAGCUAUCAUCUUGUCAAUUAGACUUGGAUGAAGACCUGAAAACCUUUCUUGGUACUUUAGAGACCUACGAACAGACUAAAAACGAUGUAGUUUUUCUUCUAGACGAAUCGGGCAGCAUUGGAGCCGCUAACUUUCCACAUGAAGUUCUUUUUGCGGAACUAAUUGCACGUCUGUUGACCGUGUCUCCUGACACGAGCCGCGUAGCUGUCGUUACCUUCUCUAGUGGACAUAAGACUCAUAUCGAUUAUAUUAAAAACACACAAGGAAACAACAUGUGUACCUUGCUUCGAGAUCUCCAGAGCAUUGGUUACCGUGGGGGUUGGACGCAUACACGCGACGCCCUGAUCCAAGCCGGUGACCUUUUGAAAACAGGACGUUCUAAUUCCAACAGGGUAGUUAUUCUUAUUUCCGAUGGGCAGAGCAAUAAUGGUGAUCCUUUACCGAUAGCGAAGGAACUGAGGGAGAAGGGAAACAUAAUAUUUGCUGUUGGCGUAGCAGAUGUUAAUAAAGAUGAACUGCUAGCUAUAGCUUCCUCACCGAAACACAUUUAUAUGUUGAAGGACUUCAAAUAUAUCCAGAAAGUUAACGAGCAGCUUCGAGAUGAUAUCAAAGAGUUGAGCUGGGAUGUUGCUAAAGAUGUAAGUUUAUGUGACAGUUUUUGUACUGCCAAGUCUGACUGUUGUGAUGAUAAUGCUAAUUGUUUCUGUGGUACAAGAGGAGGCCGUUACGAAUGUGCUUGUGGAGCAGGGUAUUUUGGAAGUGGACAUCGAGGAGAGUGCAAAUUGUGUCCAAAGGGAACGUACAAGACAGGCGCCGGUUCAGACCUUUGCAAGUCCUGCCCAUCUAAUUCUACGACACUUGAAGAAGGCAGCACAACCAUUGAUGACUGUUUCUGUAUCCAAGGUUACAAGGGAAACCCGAAGAAAGGGGAACCAUGUGUUCCUGUGGAAUGUGUUGGAUUGGCUCCUCCAGAUGGUGGUGUUUUGAUCCCUCCCAAAUGUGGAAAUAUCUAUAAUUCUACUUGUUCAUUUAAGUGCAAUGAAGGGCACUGUCCUUUUUUUUGCAACAAAACACAGGGACCACUUAAACAACCAUGGCAUAUUCUACCCUCUGAGCCUCGGAGAUGUCUUGAUACCAGAAGGUGGUCAGGAGAAGAGUUUCAUUGUGAGAAAAUACGAUGUUCUGCCUUGGCAUACCCUGAUAAUGGAAACCACAACUGUACAGCAUCAGAAUUCAGUUUUGGAACGACCUGUCUUUUAAGUUGUAAUAAAGGUUACACACUGCAGGGCUCCAAUCUCAGAACAUGUCUUAUGAAUGGCUCGUGGACUGGAGUAGAAACGUUUUGUCAAGUCGUUGAAUGCUCACCAUUGAAAAUAAACAGAUUCCUGAAAGUGAAGCCUGCUCCUUGUUACAAGGACACUAAUGCUUACCUUACAGCUUGCCAAUAUUUUUGCCGCAAGGGAUACAAGCUAGUAGGCGGUAAUAAUGACACGGAAUUAGGCCUACGACAAUGUCAAGCUGACGGGACGUGGUCAAACUUUAAUCAACGAAUUAGGUGCGAAGAUGCAACCCCGCCAAACAUCACGUGCCCGGAGGAUUAUGUUUAUAAUACGGAUUUCCACAAACCAACAGCCUAUCUUAGCUGGAAACUUCCAACUGCCAGUGACAAUAAGCAGCUGAAAGAAGUUCAAAUCAUUCAUCCACCACAUGUACACAAACCACCCCAUCACUUUCAAAUUGGCAAGACAAAGGUUGUAUAUCAGGCAGUGGACCAUGCUGAAUUAUCGUCAACUUGUUCAUUUUCUGUUAUAAUUAAAGAUAAGGAACCACCUCAAGUUAAGUCUUGUCCUUCUGAUAUUGAAGUUGCCCAUGAAAAAAGAUCAGACUUUCCUGUGUUUUGGGAUGAGCCAGAAUUUGAGGAUAACUCGGGAAAACUUCAAAUUCCAAUUCAAAACAAAAAGUCAGGAGAUUUAUUUUCUUGGGGAAAAGCAGUAGAGGUGAAAUAUUCAGUUAGUGACUUGUCAGGAAACACUAACAAAUGCACCUUUAAAGUGAAGGUGAAAC